AUGCAAAACAGACUCGAGUUUGUGACGAACUGGUUUGGGGGUCUUAAUGUUGGCGCGACGCCGGCAUUUGUUAACAAUCAGUUGACGGGGAAGCAGCUUCUUCAUUGUUUGAAGAUUUCCGACUCUGAGUUUAUCAUUUCCGAUGGAGACGAUGCACUCAUGGAAGCUCUAUUCGACCGAUUCACGGACAUGUAUGAGCCUCGCUUUCCAGCGCCGAUUCCUCGAGAACUCGGCCGAGGCCAAUUCAAGUCCACCGAUCCCUGGUCGAUUAUUUUCACAAGUGGAACCACUGGAUUGCCCAAGGCUUGCGGUCUCACCCACUGGUCAACGAUGAAGAUGAACACGACAAACUUUGGAAAAGGAAUCGCUGGCAGCAUUCACGCGGGUGGCACUGUCGCCAUUUCGGAAAAGUUCUCCGCCUCCAAUUACUGGCGCGAAGUGUACGAGUGCAACGCGAAAUAUAUUCACUACAUCGGCGAAAUGAUGCGCUACGUGGUAGAGGCGCCGGAAAGUCCCUACGACAAGACACACGGCGUACGGGUUGCUGCUGGCAGCCAACUGCGCUACGAUGUCUGGCCGAAAUUGACGAGUCGCUUCGGUGACUUUUGGGUGUAUGAAAUUUACGGAUCUACGGAGGGAAACGUCCAGUUCGCGAAUAUUCUUAAUGACGAAGCGACAAUAAUCCGCCUGACUCCUUUAAUACAACUGACUACUGGCACUGCACUGGUUAAAUUCGACCCGAUCGAGGAGAAAAUCAUCCGAAACGAGAAGGGUUUUGCGAUGAAGGCUGACUUUGACGAGCCAGGGCUCCUCGUCGGCGCGAUCCGUGAUGAUUUGCCCUUUGAAGGAUAUUACAACGACGACGGAAAAACAGAGGAGAAAAUUCUUCGGAAUUUAUUCAAAGAAGGUGACGCGUAUUUUGACACAGGCGACCUUCUGAAGAUGGAUCGCGAGUACAAGUUAACCUUCAGUGACCGAGUUGGGGACACCUACAGGUGGAAGGGAGAAAAUGUGUCGACUCUAGAAGUGGCGAAUACAAUCGGCGAAAAUUGCGAAUUCGUUCACGAAGCGAAUGUUUAUGGCAUCAAAAUUCCUUGGGCCGAAGGAGCCUGUGGGGCUGCUGCAAUCACUCUCAAAUCUGGCAAGGGCGAGCUCACAGAGACCGAGCGACAGGAACUGUUUGAUAUCAUGACAAAGAACAUGCCUGCGUAUCAGCGACCCGUCUUCGUCCGAGUGCAGCCCGAGAUCGAAAUGACUGGCACCUUCAAAUUCCGCAAAGUGGAACUCGUUAACGAAGGAUACGACGUGUCCAAAUUCGAAGACGGCGUGUCGACGUACUUUUACUCGAAGCAAGACAAAAACUUCAUACCAUUGACGACGGAAAUGGUCAAAAAUAUUGACUCGGGCGAUUUGAAAUUCUAA